UUUAACGAAACCGGCUUCUCCCAUGGCUUGUGGUGUCUUCCUUUUUGGUCUGUUUUUCAUUGUUCUUUCCAGUCUGUCUUCAGCAAGUAACGGAGGUAUUAAGGCCAAAGAUCCAGAGCUCUCGCAACCCCAGAGGUCUGUUUCGGUCGUAAUAGGGGAAGUUCUCCACCUGGAGUGUGAAGUGAGUAACAACCUCAUACCUGGUGGUGUGAAAUGGUUCUUGGGAGAAGGACGUCAGCGGAAGCUCAUCUACACAGAUGCCGCGACUGAUGAAAAAGAUGAAAGAAUAACCAGGAAUUCUCCAGGUUCCAACACGGAUUUCUCCAUCUCCAUCCGCAACGUUACUCUGGAAGACACGGGGACUUAUUACUGUGUGAAGGAGAAGAAAGGGGUGCAUGGAACUACAGAUUGGCUUAAAGGACAUGGACUGAGGUGGUUGUAAAAGGUUUACGGGGACAAUCCAUCUAUGUUCUCUAUUUGGGGCUUUUCCUGAACAAAGUGGCAGCAGCUCUCUUGCUCUUUGGCUUUUUCCAAAUAAAGCAACACAGAUGCUGCCUUGCAAGAUAUUUGGCUAAACGUAGCCCCGUUUAAGGCAGGACUAGAACUCACAGGCUCCUCGUUUCUGGCCUGGUGCCUUAACCAGCAAACUGGCUCCCUCUAUCGGUAAAGUAAGGACAAAAAAAAGAAGAAAAAAGAAAAAGAAAAAAGAAAGAAAGAAAACAGGAAGGCAGGAAAAGAAAAAACGUUGAAGAAAAAGGAAAAAGAAAAUCAGUUAUAAUGAAGUGGUUCCUGAUAUUCUUCUCAGCAGUUAUAAGUACAGGUGGUCCUCGACUUACGACCACAACUGAGCCCCAAAUUUAUGUCUCUAAGCCAGAAAUUUGUUAGGUGAGCUUUGCCCCAUUUUACGACCUUUCUUGCCACACCGUCGUUAAGUGAAUCACUGAAGUUCAUAAAUUAGCAACAUGGUCAUUCAGUGAAUCUGGCUGCUCCCAUUGACUUUGCUUGUCAGAAGGUCGCAAAAGGGGAUCACGUGACACCCCCCCUCCCCCAGGACGCUACAACCGUCAUAACUGUGAAUCAGUUGCCAAGCGUCUGAAUUUUGAUCACGUGACCCUGGAGAUGCUGCAACGGUCGUAAUUGUGUGAAAAAUGGUCAUAAAUCAGUGCCGUUGUAAGUUGAGAAGCUCACUAAAUGAACUGUUGUAAGUUGAGAACUGCCUGUAGAAAUAUAUUUGUACAUAUAG